AUGACGGGGCUUUCGACAGCAGAUGAGCAGACAAGCGAGACGCUGUUGGCAUCUGGUGGAACCGCUAGAACAACGUCUCUAGAAGAGCUCCAAGACAAAGAACACAAGGCUCAUAUCUCUAUGGGCAUCGGAUCUGAGACACUUUCUGCGAGCAGACACGAGCUGCCAGCCGCUUUUGCGGCGCGAGAGGAUGAUGGCAUCCCUGGUCAGGCAUGGACCUCAAAAAAGCAAUAUGUGGCGCCCGACGGUCAACUCGUGCUCCCGCAACACGAGGAGCGAAACUCCGGGCUCUCUUCUCAACUUGCAGAAAACACAACAGAACCUGCCAUUGCGCAUUCAAAUCAGCAACGAGUGAUCGACUCAAUGACGGACGCGACAGCAUCGGCGCCAGCUAAGAAGGAGAAGCCGCCCAGGCUCGAUCGGCUAUCCGAUGACCCCGCGGCGGCCAAGACAGACACUAGCGAACCCGUGGCAAGGACACAAGCAGCACCCGAUGUGGUAUCUGCCAACCGCAACGCAUAUGAGGCGAACCAACACCUGCCUCGCGAUGUAAUUCCUGCGCUGCGGUCGCCUUUGACGCAUCCCAAUGGCGUCCCGAUUUUCCCAGAUCUGUCGGCCGAGCAAGAGGUCACAGAAUCGUCGGAAGCUGCAACGCAAGCCGAAAGCUCCAUCGUGGCAGACAGUGACGACAUGGCCUCGAUUUUCGACGGCACAGAGUCGGAUGGCGGAUACGGAAGCGACAGUGCGACAAAUGCCAGUACGUCCGUCACGUCAUCAGUUCGAGAUUAUAUGUACGAGAAUGGGCGACGCUAUCACCGCUUCCGAGAAGGACUGUACAACUUUCCCAACGACGAGGUGGAGCAGGAGCGUGAAGACAUGAAGCAUGCCAUGGUGAAGCUCCUGUGCAAUCAGAAGCUGCACUUUGCACCCAUUGGCGAGUGGCCGCAGCAAAUUCUGGACAUCGGGACGGGGACAGGCGCCUGGGCUAUUGAGAUGGGCGACCAGUUUGAGAGUGCAACAGUGCUGGGAGUCGAUCUCAGCCCCAUUCAACCGGACUGGGUACCGCCAAAUGUCAAAUUUGAGGUUGACGAUGUGGAAAGUUCGUGGUUGUAUCCGAGGAAUCAUUUCGAUUAUAUCCAUUCUCGACACACGGUUAUGGCCAUCAAGAAUUGGAGGAACCUGUUCCACAGGGCAUACGAGCACCUGAAACCCGGCGGCUGGAUCGAGUUGCAAGAGAUCCAUCACUUCCCGUCAUCGGCAUACAACGCCAUGCCGCCCGCACACCCGGUGGCUCAGUAUUGGAGUUUCGUUACCCAGGGACUCACGAGCCUCGGCAUCGACUUUAAUGCUGCCGCAGGUGACCGGCUGCCUAAUAUGAUGCGCGAGGCCGGGUUCGUCAACGUGACGGAGAAGAUUUUCCACGUACCGCUUGGUACGUGGCCGCGAAACAGGGUGCUCAAGACAGUAGGCAUGUACUGGAGGACGAUUCUUCUCGACGGACUGCAGGCGAUUGCCCUCGGCCCACUGACCAGAGGGCUGCUGUGGACACCAGAGCAGAUUGAAAUGUUCCUCGUCAGCGUGCGGCGAGCGUAUCACGAUAAUGCGGCGUUGAUGUACAUGCCAUUGAGGAUCAUGUAUGCGCAGAAGCCGGCCACAAAGUCCUCGCGACACCCGCAGACCAUCAACAUCUUUGUUCUGACUGCCACCGCAAAGAUGAACAAAUUCAAGUUUAGCAACUGGCUGGGUACCAGCCCGUCACCCACCGCCGCAGAGGUUGAGCAGAAGAAGCAAAACCGACGAUCAUUCACCCCAUUCAUUACUCGUUCUGCCGCCAAACCCAGAGACGAUGUCCCCAAUGGAGCGCCGAUUGCAAAGCCCACACCUGUCGCCUCGGAGAAGCCUACGUACACGCCGUCGAGGUUAACGGAGCUUGCUAAGAAGAUUGCAUCCGAAACAGAGAAGCUGGAGAGGUACAUGCAAGAGAACAAUCUUCCAAUGCCUUCCUUGGAUCCAAAUGGCCCCAGCGACUUUCCCAAGCUUCCCGAGGACAUCCAAAAGAGUCGUAUGGAGAUUAUCUUUGCGACGAGAGAGCUCGAAGCAUUGGCUCACGGCCCAAGAGAGGACGUUCGGUGGAAGACGUGGAGUUUUCAAGACAGUCUGAGCCUUCAGCUUGUCAACCACUUCGGCAUCGCCAAGCUCGUACCCAUCGACGGCACUAUCACACUGGCAGAGCUCCAAACCAAGACGACACUGGAUCCCGUUAACCUUGCCCGUGUACUGCGUCAUGUCAUGACAAACCGUAUCUUCCGCGAGCCGUCCCAUGGAGUGAUUGCGCAUACCGCGGCAUCACGCCUCCUGGCCGAAGAUCAAGCUCUUCAGGAUUGGGUGGGCUACAACCUCGAGGACAACUUCCCAGCGUCUGCGCACGUUUUGCAGGCUCUUAAGGCCUACCCAGAAGCCACGUCCCUCACACGAACCGGCUUUAACUUUGCAUUCGACACGGUAGACAAGGAGCCAAUGUUUGUCACUUUUGGCAAGGACCCUCCUCGCGCCAAGCGAUUCGGUGGUGCCAUGCUUAGCUUGACGGGCGGAGAGGGCUACGAGGUCAGACAUCUCGUCGACUCGUACGAUUUCGAAGAGAUUGACGCCAGGGGAGGAACCAUGGUCGACAUUGGCGGUAGCCAUGGGUUCGUGUCGAUCGACCUGGCCAAGAAGUGGAAGAACAUGAAGUUUGUGGUUCAGGACCUCCCCAAGACUGUGGAUUCGGCGCCAAGCCCGUUGUGUGAUGACGCUCAGGUUGCAGAGCGUGUUCAGCUCAUGGCGCACGACUUUUUCAAGGAGCAGACCGUCAAAGAUGCCGAUGUCUACUUUUUCCGCUGGAUCAUGCACAAUUACUCGACGCCCUACGCCAUUUCCAUCCUCAAGAACCUCGUCCCGGCACUGAAACCAGGCGCCAGAGUAGUCAUCAAGGACCACUGCCUCCGCGAGGCUGGACAGGAGACGCCCUGGGACGAGCGCAUCAUCCGCAGCAUGGACAUGGUGAUGCUGGCGGUGCUCAACGCACAGGAGCGCAACGAGGACGAGUACCGCGAGCUCUUUAGUGCCGCGGACGAGCGGUUCGUGUUCAAGGGCGUGAUGAGGCCCCCGGGCUGCAGGAUGAGCAUCAUUGAAGCGGUGUGGGCUCCCGAGGCGGAGAGCGAGGGCGAUGGCGAAGGUGGCAGGAUUGAGGCAGAUGCCCAGACGGACGCGGGGUCUGCUGACUCUGCUGUUGUUGUGGAGGUGAAGUGA